CUCCGCCAGGCCACAGGGCGGUUAGGGUAGCCUUUGGGCCAGUGGCAAAGAAUGAGCCUUCCUACCUGCUGGACACCCACCCACGAUACCCCAGUGGCAGCAGCCCCGGAAUGAUCAGCAGUCCCAGAUCUGCUAAGAAUGCCAGAGCCUGCAAGACCUUUGAAGACCACCGCCAAGAAGGAGGGAGCAGCAUCUCCAGACCCUUCACGGUGCAGCCUGGCCUGGGACUCAGGAUCCCCCAGACGGCUGGCAGACACCCACCACCUGCAUCACACUGUUUAAGUCCCUAGGAAUUCCCAAGCGCCCCCUCAGAGGAAGAUUACAGAAGGCUGGACGCGUGCAGCCCUGUGGGCAGGGCCAAGGGCAUCUCUGACCAAGGUGGACAAACUGGGCCCUCUGAGGCCUCUCCCUUCACCUUUGAGCGUGGCAUCAUGGAUAACUUUUUGGAUUCCCGAGGCAGCUCAGGUGUGCCCCAGCAGGCAUACUUUCCCCUCGGAGAGCUGGGCAAGAUGUUGUUUGGGGGCAAGGACAUUGCACUGUUGGAGCAUGGAUGCCAGGCCCUUGAGAUGAACAGUUACAAGUCCCUGAUGAUCCGGGGUAUCCCGGAAGACUGCAAUCAUGAGAAGUUUGAAGAGAUCAUAAGCCCCCUGCCCCAAAACUUUGAAGUGGCUGGGAAGGCCUUUGUGGAAGAAGAGAGCUCUAGGGCAGCCACCUUUAGGCUGCCUGAGGGCAUCAAUUACGCCGUGAUCCCCGGGGAAAUCAAGGGCAAGGGCAGAACUUGGAGCGUGGUCUACAUGCCCCGGAAGCAGUUCCUGACCAAGCUGACCCUCUUCCUGCAGAGCGAGGGCGGGACGGUGGAGGAUGUGUCCGGGGUCUUGAGACAGGAACUGCGUCACAGUGAUGGCCCCAGAGAGCUUCCUGCCAGGAAGUGCUAUGUGUAGGGGCCAGGGAAGAAGCCGGGGGCUGGGGCCACCGACUGGGUGGUCGAAGUGCCACCUCUGGACUCCCCAGAGAAGGAGAGCAAGGCUGGAGGUGGCAAGAAAGGCAAGGGGAAGCACAAGAAAAACCGUCGACAGCAUCACGCAUCUAACAAGGAGCUGUGAGGACCAGAAGACAUUCCCGAGAAUCUCAGGACGUCCCUCUCUCCGUUUGAGCCAACCGAGGGGCGGGACAGCUUCCUCCUAGUGGUCCCAGGACCGAGAAGGGGACACGCUCCCAGCAUGUCUGCACGCUCCGACUCCAAGGACCUCGGCAGAGUUCACAAUCAACUCCAGUCACGUGGAAUGUAAUAGACUGCCAACCCUGUGAAGGCAGGUGGCCUGUUUGGAGACGUGGUCUCCCCUAUGCCCAGCAGGGAAUCCUGGCCCCCGAGGCCUCGAGGGUUACACAUAAAUAAACCCCAAUCUCCACCGUGGCUUGGGGCUUUUGCACAGGA